CGCCUAUGGCGUACAGCAGUGGCUGCCCCUUUUGUUCGCUAGAGUUCCUGACUUAUUCCCAUCACAAUGAAAUUACUAGGACAUUGUCUUGUUUUUUAAAUCAUUUAACACACAUUUCUCGACAUUAGAUUGGGUUUUAUUCAGUAAUAAAUCGAUUUGCAAUCGUCCCAUUUACCGAACUGGAGUAAGAUAUUUUGCAGCACGAAAGCUUGAGGAGGAGCCCUGUAAUGUAAGCUUGAACAGCUCCUGUCCCAGCAGUGGCCCACGGCACAAUGGGGCUGGACUUUGACGUGAAAACUUUCUGUCACAACCUCCGGGCCACCAAGCCCCCUUAUGAGUGCCCAGUGGAGACCUGUCGCAAGGUCUACAAGAGCUACAGCGGCAUUGAGUACCACCUCUACCACUUCGACCAUGAGAACCCCACGCCUGCCCAGGCCAUGCCACAGAAGAAGAGAAAGGGUCGUCCUCCUCGGGCCUCUUUGUUGGGGCCCGGGGACGGGGAGGGAGGUGUGGGGAAGUCGGGCGGUUUGGGGCAGGGUGGGAACAGCCCCGGGAGUCCUAACCGGUCGGAGCGCUCCCACUCCCCGGGCAGGGAGACAAUGACCUACGCCCAGGCCCAGCGCAUGGUGGAGCUAGAGAUCCAGGGACGCAUCCACCGCAUCAGCAUCUUCGAGAACAUCGACGUGGUGUCGGAGGACGACAGCGGGGCUGAGGACCCUCCGUCCUCAGGGGGAGGCGGGGGUGGGGGAGGAGCGUGUAACGGGGGAGACAGUGGGGGAGGAGGGAGCGAGGCGGGCGGCAACGGCAAGGACAGGCCCGACACCCCUGCUGCUAACGGAGGGAAGGCCACACCCAAGUCUGGGAAGCACAAGAGCAAAGAGAAGAAGAAGGAAGGGUCGUCACACCACCACAACACGUCCUCCGGCCCGGCGGUCAAACUGCCUGAGGUGGUGUAUCGAGAGCUGGACCAGGAGAGGCCGGAUGCCCCUGUACGACAUUCGUCUUAUUACAGGUACAUAGAUAAAUCAGUGGAGGAGCUGGAUGAGGAGGUGGAGUAUGACAUCGAUGAGGAGGACUAUAUCUGGCUGGACAUCAUGAACGACAAGCGGCGUAGUGACGGAGUAACGCCGAUCCCCCAGGAGGUGUUUGAGUACCUCAUGGAUCGUUUGGAGAAGGAGUCCUACUUCGAGAGCCACAACAAGAUGGACCCCAGCACCCUGGUCGACGAGGACGCCGUGUGCUGCAUCUGCAAUGACGGCGAGUGUCAGAACAGCAACGUGAUCCUGUUCUGUGACAUGUGCAACCUGGCCGUGCACCAGGAGUGUUACGGCGUCCCCUACAUCCCAGAGGGCCAGUGGCUGUGCCGCCGCUGUCUCCAGUCACCCAGCCGGGCCGUUGACUGCGCCCUCUGCCCCAACAAGGGCGGGGCCUUCAAGCAGACGGACGACGCGCGCUGGGCCCACGUGGUGUGUGCCCUGUGGAUUCCCGAGGUGUGUUUCGCCAACACGGUCUUCCUGGAGCCCAUCGACAGCAUCGAGCACAUCCCGGCGGCCCGCUGGAAGCUCACCUGCUACAUCUGCAAGCAGCGCGGCUCCGGGGCCUGCAUCCAGUGCCACAAGGCCAACUGCUACACGGCGUUCCACGUCACCUGUGCCCAGCAAGCCGGCCUCUACAUGAAGAUGGAGCCCGUCCGGGAGACGGGCGCCAACGGCACCUCCUUCAGCGUCCGCAAGACAGCCUACUGCGACAUCCACACCCCCCCUGGCUCAGCGCGGCCCCUCGGAGGGCUGGGAGGGGCCAGUGUGGGCUCGUCCCACAGUGAGGGCGAGCUGGAGGAGGACGACGAGCCCAGUCUUGGCCACGACGACGACUCCAAGGGCUGGAGCUCAGAGCGGGCCAAGAGGGCAAAGGCCAAGUCCAGGCUGAAGAUGAAGAGGGCAAGGAAGAUACUGGCUGAGAAGAGGAAUGCUGCCCCCGUGGUCUCUGUGCCCUGUAUACCACCACACAGGCUCAGCAAGAUCACCAGUAACCUGACGGUGCCCAGGAAGAGCCAGUUCAUGCAGCGGCUACACAGCUACUGGACCCUGAAGAGGCAGAGCCGGAAUGGAGUUCCCCUGCUGCGCCGUCUCCAGACCCACCUGCAGUCACAGCGCAACGCGGAGCAGCUACAGCCGCCGGUGCCGGCGCCGCAGGUUCCUACGGUAACCACCACACAGUCUGGUGUUGUUAUCCCAGCGAGGGACAGCGAGGAAAAUAACUGGGCUCUGAAGGAGCAACUGAAGGCCUGGCAGAGACUGCGGCAUGACCUCGAGAGAGCCCGACUGCUGGUGGAGCUCAUCCGCAAGAGGGAAAAACUAAAGAGAGAGACGAUCAAAGUCCAGCAGAUGGCACUAGAGAUGCAGCUGACUCCCUUCCUGGUUCUGUUGAGGAGCACCCUGGAGGAGCUGCAAGACAGAGACACCAGCAACUUCUUCACUGAGCCUGUCCCCCUGGCCGAAGUUCCGGAUUACCUGGACCAUAUCGAGAGGCCUAUGGACUUCCAGACCAUGUGGAACCUUCUAGAGUCCCACCGCUACCUCAGCUUCGAGGCCUUCGAGGCCGACUUCGGCCUCAUCGUCAACAAUUGCCUGAAGUACAACGCCAAGGACACCGUGUUCUACCGGGCCGCGCUUCGCCUCCGGGAGAUGGGCGGGGCCGUGAUCAGGACCGCGCGCAGACAGGCCGAGCGGAUUGGCUUGGACUACGACACGGGCAUGCACCUCCCCCGAGAGCCCAGCCCAGACAGCCAGCGUGACCGGGAACGAGACCGAGAACGAGACCGGGAGAGGGAGCGCGAGAGGGACCGAGAACGAGAGAGGGAUAGAGACAGGACACUCUCUUCCAACGAUGAGGACCUGCUCUUACCGGAGAACCGACGGCGGCUGCCGUUGGAGGAGCAGCUGUGUAUCCUCCAGACGCGCUACGACGAGGUCAGCUCGGGGAAGCACAGCGUCGGGCUAUCGCGCCGGGCCAAAGCCCUGCGGAAGGAGAUGGCGGUCAUCAAGAGGAAACUGGCCCACCAACGGGACGGGGGCUCGGGCAUGGGGGGCAGGGAGACGGGGGGCGGGGGGGACCGGGGGCCGUCCCUCCCCCAUCACCCCUCCUCCACGGGACGCCACGACGAGGGCGAGGAGAGCAGCAGUCAGGAGAUCGGCGGCAAAGAUGUUAGCGCCUCGUCGUCUGCUCUGGCCCCGGAGGUGGGACGCCGCACCUCGGUUCUCUUCUCUAAGAAGAACCCCAAAACGGCCGGACCCCCCAAGAGGCCGGGACGCCCGCCCAAGAACCGAGACGCGGGGCACGGGGGCGCGGGGGUGAGCCCCAGUCCGAUCGGCCCUCCACAGCUGCCACUCCUGUCGACCACGCGCCAGAGGAAGAGGCCCCGAAGCCCCCACAGCAGCUCCAGCUCCGAGAGCGACAGUGACAAUGACGACCUCCUUCCCAGUCUGCCCACCAAUGGCUUCGACGGGGGAAACCAGCCGGUUACAGAGAGUUUUCGGGUGUACAGGAAUGAGCGGAGCCUCCCUCGGUCCAGCUCGGACUCUGAAUCCACUACCAGCAGCAGCAGUAGCGCCGCCUCUGACAGAACCAGUACCACACCAUCUAAGCAGGGCCGAGGGAAGCAGACGUUCUCCCGUUCCGCUUUCCCGGACGACAGCAGCGAGGAGACGUCGGGGACAGAGAAUGACUCGUACUCUGUGGGAGGGUCACGCAGCGUCUCACACUUAGGGUGGGGCCGAGGACGAUCUGGUUGUAGGAUGCCAUCAGAUGACUACUCCUCCCUGGACGCUCUGGACCUGGUGUGGGCCAAGUGUCGAGGCUAUCCUUCAUAUCCUGCUUUGAUCAUAGAUCCUAAGAUGCCCCGGGAGGGGGUGUUCCACCGAGGGGUCCCCAUCCCUGUGCCUCCACUGGACGUCCUGAAGCUGGGGGAGCAGAUGACCCAGGAGGCUCGGGAGCAUCUCUUCCUGGUCCUCUUCUUUGACAACAAGAGGACCUGGCAGUGGCUGCCGCGCUCCAAGCUGGUGCCCCUGGGUGUGGAUCAGGAGCUGGACAAGGAGAAGAUGCAGGAGGGGAGGAAGUCCAACAUUCGCAAGUCCGUGCAGGUUGCGUACCACCGGGCCAUGCAGCACCGCAACAAGGUCCAGGGAGACCCCAGCAGCGACACCAGCGACAGCGACUGAGCUCGUCCAGCGCAAACACACACGCACACACGCGUGCCAUUCAGACUCGCAAAGAGACGCACAACGCAAAUGCACACACUACGUCACCCCGGGUAUUGAUGAGGGUAGUGAUGGUUUGAGGUCUGCAGGCUGGUCUGUCAGCCCUGGCUGGGUCCGUCAGGCUGGACAAUGUGCCAGUAGAACCUAUUGGAAAGCACAGGCAACACCUUGUGCGCCAACAUAAACUCGAGCACACACGCACGUGUGCGUGCACACACACACACACAUUGGUAUUUAAUCUGAGAUGUAAAAUAUUGUAUUUAAGAGAAAUUGAAACAAAAAAGGAUAUUAUGAUGGAAAAAAUGCUAUGCCCAGAGGCGUGAUUGAGAAUUGUCCUUUUUAUGAGUGUUUACCAAUGACUGAAGCACAUGGUCUGCAAACUGAGGGUCGUAUCACAAACACAUACACACACACGCACACGCACAAAGCUCUUCUCAGAUAUGCACAUACACACCCCAUUGUGUGCACUUAUGUUUCCAUAGUACCACUGGUCCAACACCCCCUCUAAGUCCGCCUCCUUGGAUCCACACGUCCAAUCAUGGCUAAGCGGAGUACGGGGUCAGAUGGCAUGGCCAAUCGACUGUGAGCGACAACGCUUCACCUGUUAUUUAUUCCGGUCUUCUUCUCCCCGUUUUUUCGAGUGACCUUUUUCACAAAGUUGCAUCACGCAGUCGUUUUCUAUUCCGUACGUGAUUCAUUUUAUUUUUUUUCGCCUCGGUUUACGGCUCGUAUUGUUCUUGUCUGUUUGUACCAUUCUGGUGGCUGGUAAAUCAUGAGGACUUAUGUAAAUGCGUAAAUGAUGAAACACGCCAGCCUCACUCUGUUCUAGUUUCAGGCCAACGGCUUUAGAACUUUUAUAUAUACAGAUUACAUAAGAUAGAAGUUUAAUAAAAUAAUUGAGUUUUCUACAA